AUGGCGAGAGGAAACGGGAAUAAUAACUUUUUGAACAUCAUGAGGUCUAUGCUAAGUUUUUUGGAUGCAAGGAUAGAGUCAUCUGAUGCUGAUGCGAGCAAUACUCCUGGAGGAGUCUUUAUGAGCAGACUAAGAAGUAGGCUAAUCGACUUGAUAAAUGGUAGGAUGGAAGCUAGAAGCAGCGAAAGGGAUGAGGGGGCAGCUGCCCCUUCGGAGGGUUCAAGAGGUGCAGGAAGAAGAGGCCGCGGAAGGAAGAGCUCGAGUAGGCCUCAGAAUGAGGUGCCCACUGUGGAGGAGCGGAAUUUGGUCGACAGAUGUAGUAGAAUGAUAGGCGAGGCCGAGGAGAGGCAAGCAAGGGGGAGGCGGCGAAUCAGAGCGGCCUCUGUAAGUCGGAGUAGAAGGAUUCAGGGGUCUGGAAGCGGGACGGCCAUGGAUCCUGUCACGCUAACUACAUCCAUUGUUGUUACAGGAAAUGAAAGAGGAUCUUCACAAAUCCCUUUACAAAGUGAAGAGGGGCAGAAUGAGACUAGAUCUGAAGAGUCAAGAAGCCUGGGAAACAGGGGAUUCAGGGUUGUUUUCCCACGAGUUCCCUCUCAGGAGCUCCGAUUUCUGUUCCUUACGCCCCAGAGCGAGGGAGCAAGGGGAAAUGUUAUAUAUGAAAUACAGAUCAACUUUGAUAUAUUUGAUGCUUCAGCAGAGCCUCCUGUGACAGCCACCAAGGAAUCAUUGAAUAAAACCGACGUUGUGAGUGCCGGAAAGGCUGAUGAGGUAUGUGAGUGCACUAUAUGCAUGUCUAAUUUUUCUAUGAACCAGAAGAUAAGAGUUCUGCCGUGUGACCACAGGUUCCAUACUGGAUGUGUUGACAAGUGGCUACUUGGGCAUUCUAACAAAUGCCCUGUCUGUAGAACGGUCAUUUGA